AUGCGCGCUGCGGGGGCGCGCAGCUUCCCCGCGCUGCGCAGCGGUGGCAAGCGGGGAAUUCGGAGCGGCGGCGGGCGGCGGCAGCGGCAGCAGGAGGAGAUGCGGGAGGCGCUUGCGCGGCCGCUCGGGCAACCGGCCCGCCGCGGGUGCCGCCGAUCCCGCCAUGGCGCCGCCCGGCCCGCUUGGGCCCGCACCGCCGCCGCGCUGGGGCGGCUGGAGAGAGCGCUGAGCUGCUCCGCUGCGCCGGCGUCCUGCGGGGCCGUGUCCCUGGGGCAGUGCGAGCACGUCUUCUGCCUAUCUUGUGUGGGUGACUGUGUUGGCAUACAAUGCCCAGUGUGCCACAUGCCAGCGUGGGUGCAAGAUGCACAGAUAAACCGGCAACUUGAUAACAUGAUUCAGCUUUGCAGCAAGCUGCGGCAUCUCCUGGGUGCAGACACCUCAGAUUCAACAGAAGGUAUGUCCACACCAACCGACUCAGAUGUUGGACAAAAGAAUAAGAAGGAAGAGAUAAAAAUGUGGUUCAGCCCAAGAAGUAGGAAGAUUCGAUGCAUCGUGAAGAAGAGUCACCCUAAGACUAAAAGCGAUGACCUUUGUCAAGAUACGGGCUCAGUUUAUGAUUUCAUUUCUUCACCUCCCCGUGAAAAGCCCUCCAACCUGAGAAAAAAGCCAACACAGAGACAGAGUAAGAAGAUGAAGAAGAAACGUCUAGCAGACAUUAACAAAGUGUGGAGCUUAGAGAAGCCUGAGCAGAAAGGAAGAGUUGAGGAGGAGACUCCUAAGGAGAAGUGUGUGACCAUCUGCAGUCAACCAGUAGUCCUGUGCACUCCAGAAUCAAAUAGCCCUGGAGAGACAGUCCAGCAGGAGUCUGUAAAGGAAGCUGACUCCAGCAAAAGUACAGAAAGUGUGGAAAUACUGCCACAGGUAAAAUCCUCAGAGAACAAAGACAACAGCGAGGUUGCAUGCCUUCCACAAGUCAGCAAGGAAAAAAAUUGUACUACAGAGACAUCACUGUCAAUAGAAAAUGAAUCUGUACCUUUAAAACGUGGAAGGGAGCAAUCCAGACUUCCAGUUGCUUCUCAGUCUAAAAGACCAAGAAGAACUGAAAGAAGCAUUAUUGAGAAGUCAGUCGGUCAGGCAGGUUGCUUAGAGGAGUUACCUCAGGGUAGCCCCAUCUCCCCAGUGGCUGAACACAAGACACCAGUUCAGGUUUCUUCCUCUGUAUCCAAACUCACUGACACCGUAAUAAAGACAAGAAGCUCUGCAGUCUCUCAAGCAAUAAAUAGUCCUUCAGAAUCUCCCUCUACCCUAGCUACUUCUAAGACUUGUAAUCAAGUAGAAAUACCACACAGUCCUUCCGUGUUGAAGUCGCCCGGUGGUAACACAAUUGGCAGAAGAAAUUACAAAGGAGAGACCUUACUCCAUGUUGCUUCCAUCAAGGGUGACUUAGCAGCUGUUGAACAGCUGCUGAAAAAUGGGGCAGAUCCCAAUGUCAAAGAUAACGCGGGCUGGACGCCACUGCACGAGGCAUGUAAUCAUGGGCACAGAGAAGUGGUGGAGCUGUUGCUACAGUACAGGGCACUGGUGAAUAUUACGGGGUAUCAGAACGACUCGCCUCUUCAUGAUGCUGCCAGGAAUGGGCAUGUGAGCAUUGUUGAGCUGCUGCUUUUGCAUGGUGCCUCGCGUGAUGCAGUUAAUAUAUUUGGUCUGCGGCCUGUGGACUAUGCAGAAAGUGAAAAGAUGAAGUCUGUGCUAAUGUUACCAGUGAAGAAUGAAUCAUUUCCACUUAACCAGCCCUCUGAGGUACUGAGCUCCAGCCAGCCAAGAGGUGGACCUCUUGGUAUAUUGGGGAGCAAUCUUAGUUUGGAGCAACAGAAGUUGCUGAACAAACUAGCAACAGUUCUGAAGGCUCAAAGAUGUACUGACUUUAACAGCAGAGUAACUCAUCUCAUUAUCCCUGAUGUUCCAAUCCCAAAAACUGUCAAAUGUAUGAUGGCUGUUCUGACUGGAUGUUGGGUCCUCAAGUUCAAAUGGGUACGAGCCUGUUUACGGACCACAGUUCGAGAACAAGAAGAGAAGUAUGAAGUUCAAGGUGGCCCACGAAGAGGCCGGCUCAACAGAGAACAACUGCUGCCUAAAUUGUUUGAUGGAUGCUACUUCUAUUUUUUGGGAUCUUUCGGUGACUUAGCAGCUGUUGAACAGCUGCUGAAAAAUGGGGCAGAUCCCAAUGUCAAAGAUAACGCGGGCUGGACGCCACUGCACGAGGCAUGUAAUCAUGGGCACAGAGAAGUGGUGGAGCUGUUGCUACAGUACAGGGCACUGGUGAAUAUUACGGGGUAUCAGAACGACUCGCCUCUUCAUGAUGCUGCCAGGAAUGGGCAUGUGAGCAUUGUUGAGCUGCUGCUUUUGCAUGGUGCCUCGCGUGAUGCAGUGUAA